AUGACCUACAGGCUGCAGGAUCUCACCCUCGACGACAGAAGAUCAAUAUUGUCAGACCGCACCUCCUCGACGGGUCCGCCGCCCUCUGUUCCUCCAAAGGAGCCUUCGGUAUUUGACUUGAGGGAGGCCCUCGGUCUGCCAGCGUCAGCUUCCACAAGCAGUGUUGCCACUGUGUCGGCGCAUGCACCGCUGGGGCUGGGCCACCAAGUACAGUCGCACCAUCAACAGUUCCAAGACAACUCGUCCUCGAAUUCUUGGCCGCUGCCUCGGCCAGUGAACCAGCAGCACGUCCUACGACAACUCGCGCCCUCGCCUUCGUUGCUCCAUCGCCACGGAAACACCAUGGCACACUCGUCCAAGGCGCACACGCAAUGCCUCCACCUGUGCAGCAACACGGCCGCCGCGGCCGACCGCGUCGCGGAAAAGAUGGCCGAGUACACUACACUUGUCAAGCACCUCCCUCACGGCUUUGACGUGCUCGCCAACGAUCUGCUCGAUACGUCCCAAGUGCUGUUCCUCAUCGAAGCCGGUCUCUCCGACGCCGUGCGCCAGGGGCAGUCGGCCCCCCUUGACAUGAUCACCGUUCUGGACAAGAAGUUCCGCACCGCGCUGAACCAGUUCCGCGCACUCGACCAGAUUGUACAAAAGCAACUCGACUACGAGCGCAAAGGCGCAAUGGGUCGCAUGAAGCGUGGCUUCGGGCGAGUGUUUGGCGACAGCGGCCUCGACGGUCACACUACGUCGCUCGUGAAGACGCGCGAGGACUUGAAGAUGAGUGCCUACAUGUUCCAGUGGAAUUUGACGGCCGACAAGAUUGAAAGUGAGCUCGGAAUCGGCUAUAUCGGCUUGUCGUCGGCGCUCGAGGCCGCAGAUCUCAGGCGCAAGCGCGCAGGCAGCAUCGCGUCGGAGGACCUCCAGAAGGGCCAAACCGUGUAUACCCGGCCACCUGGUUCAGCUCCUCAUCAGAACGACUUGGAUCAGCUCCGAUUGCCCAGCAUACCCCAGGGAGGGCUAUCUCAGCAGCAGGUCCAGCAUUCGAGGGUAGACAGGGUUGGCCCCCUGAGCCACGACUCGUCUCUGAGCGGCGAGAGCGGCAACUUUGGUCGCGCCUCGUCUGGGGAUCAAGACAGCCCGCUGACGCGAUACACGGACCCUUCUACCACGGGCUCGUAUGACGGGAACCCGCUACAGCUGCCACAGCAGCGCAAAUUCGGCGCAGGUGCGGCGACACCUGGCCUGGGCACAUUCGAUGAGGUCCCCGAGACAAGCCUCGAGCUCGAAGCCCUCGUUGGUGAUUUGGCAAGCCUAGACCUCGAGAGCAGCAAGGUUUCCCGCGUUAAGAGCGAGCCCUUCACCAUGCCUCGACGGCGGCCCCGUAGCAAGAUUGAUGCGGACAAAGCCAACGCCCACGAGGCCCUCCUCGGUGCCGUUCGGGCCAAGGACCACAGACUUCUGACACAGCUCCUGGACCGGGGCGUCUCGCCAAGCGCGGGAGGCGGCUCUGACGCGCUCAACGAAGCCAUCGUGGUGCAGGACGGCGAGGCCCUGCGGUUGCUGCUGCUGUACGGCGGCGACCCCAACGAGACUGACCGCGACAAGGUCUGCCCGCUCGUGGCGGCCGUGGAGCGCUCGUUCCUCGAGGCAGCCGUCGCCUUGCUCAAGUACGGCGCGGACCCGAACCUGUCGGCGGGCCCGGACUCGGAGACACCGCUGACUGUGGCCGCCGUCGCCAACAACGUGCGCCUUACACACCUGCUGCUCAUGUACGGGGGCAACGCGAGGCAGACCACGGCGGAUGGCAGCACGCUCCUCAUCGAGUCGGUGGGCAAGAAGACGCCCAAGACACUGGUCGACAUGCUGCUCGCCUGCGGAGCGGAUCCAGAUGCCAAGAACCGCGAGGGCAAGACGGUGCUUUUCGACGCCGUCACCGCGGGGAGAGCGGAUAUCGUGGCCUUGCUGCUCGAGGGUGGUGCCAACCCCAACCUGCCAGGCCCCAAGCACAUGCUGUGGCCGUCCACGUACCAACCUGCGUGCUUGAAGCUGCUGCUGGCGCAUGGGGCCGAUUAUAAGAAGGCGCCUGGUGUCAUGGAGCUCGCUACCAGCAUCAACAGCCUCGAGUCGAUCCGCAUCCUCCUCGAGGCCGGUGUCGACCCCAAUGCCAAGAAGGACGGCGUCUACACGCCGCUCUGCACGGCCAUCCGCGACGACCGCAGCGACAUCUUCCAGCUGCUACUGAGUCGCGGCGCCGAUCCCAACGUCCCGGCGAGCGAGUACCCGGCGUUCAAGUGCAUCACCCACAACCGCGUGCAUUUCCUGCCCGCGCUUGUGGCCGCGGGUGCCAACCUCAACUCCCCCAGGGGCAUCCUCGAAACGGCCGUGUCGUCCAACAACAGCGAGGCCUUGCGAUGGCUGCUCGAUCAGGGGCUCGAUCCGGACGACAAGACGCCCAACGGUCGCACCGCGCUGACGAGCGCCAUCCGCGACGGUCGCAUCGAGAUGGUAGACGAGCUCCUCCGACGCGGCGCCAAUCCCAACGUCCGCGGACAGGACUGGCCCGUGUGCAUGGCGGUGCGCAACCCAGACAUGCUACGCCGCAUCCUCGCGGUGCUACCGGAGCCUCGCGCCUUCAAAGGCGUCAUGGAGCGCGCCGUGGUGGCCAACCAGCUGGAGUCCGUCAAGCUCUUGCUCGCUGCAGGCGUCUCGGUCGAGGAUCGCAACGGCGGCGUCUUUUCGCCGCUGACAACGGCCAUCCGCGAGGGCCGCCGCGACAUCGUGUCAUUCCUGAUCAAGGAGGGCGGUGCCGAUGUAAACGCCCCGGGCGAGCACCUGCCCGUUGUCAAGGCCCUGCGUCGCCGCCAGGAAGGCGCCGCUGGCUACGACGAGAUGCUCGACAUGCUGCUCGACAAGGGCGCCGACCCCAACAAGAUGUACCGCGGCUGGAACGGCAUCAUGCAAGCCCUUGAGAGCGGCGACGCUUCUGUCCUCAAGAAGCUGUGCAAGCGUUGCGGCGUCGACCUCAGCGUCAAGGACGAGCUCGGCCGCACCGUGACUGAGAUUGCCAUCUCCCGACGAUGGGAGGAAGCCGUCAACAUACUCCUUGCGAGCUCUAACUAA